UGCAGAAUCGUCCUGCGGUUUUGUUAUUCGCAAGAUCCAUCACCAUCAGCAGCCAACGCAGCCAGGCCGCGACUCUGACCCAGGUGCUGCACAAUCCAGCCAACAGCAAACUCCGACAAUACAGCGCCGCUGCCCAGCACCCACGCCGAUACCAUGCCCAGCUGCAAAGCCUUCUUCGAUGAUCUCGUCAGCUGUCUUCUCGAGAGCGACUGCGUCCUGGUCCAGCGCCAUUCGGUCAAGGAAUGUCUCCUGAAGGAAUACGACGACUCUGUGCCGAGAAAAUGCCGGCUUGCCCAGCAGAUCUACCUGGACUGCAAACACAGCACCGUCGACCCCCGAAAGCGGAUGCGUGGGCCCUAUGGCGCUAACGUCGCAUCCUCCAAGCCCGCCCCCGUCGGAAACGAUCAGCUCGGAGCAGAGGCAGCUUCUCAGUGAGCGACAGCUUCGUUUUCAGGUCUCCGCUGACCCAUCUUGAUCUCAAAGACGCAUGGUGACCGACAGGGACUGCUAGCCACAGAUCUGCUCGAUGGUUGCGACACCGCCAUUCGAGGGACCGCUUACUUUCGCUCCUCUGCAGCCGUCUCAGUCCUUGGCCGAGCAGGAGACUGGCUGUCGAUGGAUCGCAGUCGCAGCUGACGCAAUCCCCUACCCAAGCAGAUCUGUGAGCCUGCGGCUGCUGGAUCGACCAGGCUGCGAUGUCGGCCUAUGAUGU